AUGGCUAUCCCGAAAUUCGCUAGAAACCUGCUGGUAUCAACAAUCGGAGAAUUCGUUGGAACCUUCCUCUUUCUAUUAUUUGGUUUUGGCGCUGCCCAGACAGUAAAUCUACCUUCGUCGACGAAUGCCACCGUCGCUGGUCCAGAUGCCUCUCGAUUUCUGUAUAUAUCCUUCGCCUUUGCGCUCAGUCUCGCAACGAACGUGUGGAUCUUCCUUCGAGUGAGUGGAGCGGCGUUCAAUCCGGCUGUAACGUUAGCAGUGAUUGUUCUUGGUGGAACGGAUAUCAUAACGUAAGACUAUUUUGUCCCAUGGUUGUGGAGGUAAUGCUAAUGUAAACGCAGAGCGAUAUGUGCGGUUGCUGCCCAAUUAAGUGGUGGCAUGUUGGCUGCAAUUACCAUCAAGCUUAUGUUACCGAGUCCAGCAAAAGUCAUUCACUUUGCAGUGAGUCUGGGUGGGGGAAUUUCUGAUGUGCAAGGCUUCUUCAUAGAGCUGCUCGCGACCUUCUUACUCAUUAUUACCAUCCUAAUGGUUGCAGUUGAGGUAUGUAGCUUCAAUGGUUUCUUGUUAUCUAAUCUAACGACCUUUAGAAAACAAAAGGAACCUUCAUCGCACCUUUUGCCAUUGGACUGGCACUCUUUGUUUGCCACACAAUGGCAAUUUUCUGGACAGGCGCGAGCAUGAAUCCAGCACGAGCAUUUGGCCCCGCGGUAGUGGAGGCAUCAUUCCCCUCAUAUGAGUGGAUUUACUGUAUGUAGUAAUGACACAGCGUUUGUAGGAAAACUGCUAACAUUUGGAUCCAGGGUUUGGUCCUUUCGCAGGAGCACUUCUAGCAGCCGGCUUGUACAAAAUCCUGAAGUUUUUGGAGUAUGAAAAGGUCAACGGACACCAAGAUAAAUCCCCCGAUGACGACCUAGCACCCUUGAUAGAAAAACAGAAUGACCUCGAAAAACAACUUCGUGCAUGGGGCCCGAGAAGGGAAUCACGAUACGGGUCACCGAUCAUCAGCCCAUAUUCGAGAAGCAACUCCCAUAGAUCCACAAGACCACCACCACCACCGGGUGGAUUGAGACUCUACACGCUGUCUGGAUUAGAGCCUUACAUUUCCCCAGCGGAGGGAAAGCCAGUCAUGAGGGAAUACGAGUAUGCGCCAACGGAGAGAGAAUAUCGGGAAAGCAGGGCGCAAAGUCGAUAUGCGAAAUCGUCAAAAUCUAUGGCCCCAGAAGAUAGACCGCCACAACAGCCACGGGAAUGGUAA